AUGGCAUGGGGAAUGGAUGUGAUUGGACCAAUAGAACCAAAAGCAUCGAAUGGUCAUAGGUUCAUCCUGGUGGCCAUUGAUUACUUUACAAAAUGGGUGGAAGCAGUAACUUUCAAGUCAGUGACCAAGAAGGUUGUGGUGGAUUUUAUUCACUUCAACAUCAUCUGUCGAUUUGGUAUUCCAAAGGCAAUUGUUACCGAUAAUGUUGCAAAUCUCAACAGUCAUUUAAUGCAAGAGGUAUGCCGUCAAUUUAAGAUUGAACAUCGAAAUUCGACUCCUUAUCGCCCAAAAGAAAAUGGGGCUGUAGAAGCUGCCAACAAAAAUAUAAAAAAGAUACUUCGUAAAAUGGUGCAAAGUUCUCGACAAUGGCAUGAAAAGCUGCCUUUUGCUUUGUUGGGUUACCGCACUACAAUUCGUACUUCAAUAGGUGCCACCCCCUAUUCGCUGGUAUAUGGGACUGAAGCAGUUAUACCUGCAGAAGUUGAGAUUUCAUCCCUGCGGAUUGUCGCAGAGGCUGAAAUUGAUGAUGAUGAGUGGAUUAGAACACGCUUGGAGCAAUUAAGUUUGAUUGAUGAGAAGCGAUUGACAUCGGUAUGCCAUGGACAAUUGUACCAGAAAAGAAUGGCACGAGCAUACAACAAAAAGGUGCGUCCCAGACGUUUCGAAGAGGGUCAAUUAGUGUUGGGAUGUAUUCUGCCACACCAGGCUGAAGUCAAAGGAAAAUUUUCUCCAAAUUGGAAAGGACCAUUCAUUGUAAAGAAGGUAUUAUCCAAUGGUGUUCUUUACUUAGCAGAUAUAGAAGGCCAAAUGACAUAA